AUGCCGGACGCCAACCAGCAGACGCUUCCAUCACCACCUGCCACCUGCCCUGGCAGUGUUCCGCAGCGUGAGCUUCCAAUCUUCAGCGGAACAGACGACAACGACGUUGAAGAUUGGCUCUCGACUUACGAAAGGACGUACGACCUAGACAUUCACCUCCAACAGUCGUGGCACGACCCGAGACUGAACCUGCAGCGCUUCGGCGUCAACCGGACGGUGGGGCUGAACGGUGCCGAGAUCGCGGACAAGAUUUGGAAGCCCGACCUGUACUUCAUGAACGCCAAGCGGGCACGAAAGCACAGCGUCACCAUGCCAAAUGAACUGGUGGACAUCACGCCAAAUUCGGAGACUACGCAAAAGGCCAUUCUGCUAUGGGAAGACGUCGAUCCGGUAUUCUUCGAGGGCGAAGUGCAAAUUCCUCAGUUUCGCUUGCUGGACAUGGUCUACGAGAACUUUACUAUGUCCUUUGAUACAGGCACAUUCAGCGUACUGCGAGCCAACUUCACCGUAUCGCGUGAGCGUGGCUUCUACCUGAUAAACAUGUACUUCCCCACGCUACUGAGCGUCGUCAUUUCCUGGUUUGCCUUCUACCUUCACCGCACCCAGGCACCCGGAAGACUCUUCCUGGAUCUCGGCAUGCUACUCAACCUGCUCUCAGUAAACAGAGGCGUGCGCUCGGAGCUUCCCCCGGUGUCGUACAUGAAGGCCCUGGACGUGUGGAUGGGAGGCUGCAUUUGCGCCGUGUUCGCAUCACUGCUCGUGUUCUCCCUGGUCAACUACUUGGGCCGCGUCAAGCUGCGGCCUAAGCUAUACCGAAAGGUCGACGACGCUGCAUUCGUACUUGUGACGAGAAAGAAGGAGCUGGCCGAAGAUCCCGAGGACUACGACAGCAAAGAGUACGAGGAGCUGUACAGAAACGCCAAACGGGCGGAAAGCAUCGACCGAUUCGCUCGGGUCGCCUUCCCGUUUGUCUUCCUCGUAUUCAACACCGCCUACUGGUCCCUGUAUUCCAGCCAGGCGUACAUCAGCGUUCACGGUGAACUGGAGCUCGCCUAAGUUGGGUCAUUGCCCUCGAGGAUUUGGUGAUGCUCGAGUGAAUAAAA